UUUGUGUUCGUUAAUAUGUUAUCCAUACUCAUUAUCUUAUUUUGGCGGCCCAUCUAUUCUCUUCCCUCUUUCUGAGUAGUUUAGUGAAACAGAAGCUGACAAGAAAAAAUAGAAAAUGCCAGGAAACACACAGUUAGCAGUAGGAAGACUCUUAUAGGUCAACUUCUGUAGUGGUAGUGCCUAUAAAUAUCCUUGAGUUUUUUAUUUCUAUCACUCAUUGAGAAUCAAAAAUCAAAAUGUCUUCUCAUACUGCAACUAAGUAUGAUGUUUUCCUAAGUUUCAGAGGGCAUGACACUCGCCACAACUUCAUCAGUUUUCUCUACAAAGAACUGGUUCGAAGGAGCAUUCGAACCUUCAAAGACGACAAAGAGCUGGAGAAUGGCCAGAGGUUUUCGCCGGAGCUCAAAAGCCCCAUCGAGGUGUCAAGAUUCGCCGUCGUUGUUGUCUCAGAGAACUAUGCUGCGUCUUCUUGGUGUCUCGAUGAGCUCGUAACGAUCAUGGAUUUCGAAAAAAAGGGUUCCAUCACCGUGAUGCCCAUCUUCUACGGCGUGGAACCGAAUCAUGUGAGGUGGCAGACCGGAGUACUCGCUGAACAGUUUAAGAAACAUGCGAGUAGAGAAGAUCCUGAGAAAGUUCUUAAAUGGAGGCAAGCAUUGACCAAUUUUGCGCAACUCUCCGGCGAUUGUUCAGGUGAUGAUGACUCGAAGCUGGUGGACAAAAUUGCUAACGAGAUAUCAAACAAGAAGACGAUUUAUGCAACAAUAUGAUGAGUCCAGACGAGAAGAAGAAGAAGAAAGGAGAAGGCCCAUAAGGACUCGCAUGCCCAAUCCAAAGUAUUCCCAACACUAAGUCAUUUUACUUAGUCUCUGUUUUCGAUUUAGUUACAAUAAGCAAGGAGUCUUCCACGAUUACAGUUUCCAUCUUUUCCAAGUUUGUAGAAGUUGUUACUCCACGUUUGUUUCCAUGUUGUUUCUAGUUGUAAGGAGGUGUACUCCAAGUAUUUAUAUCAAUGAAAAACAAAACAAAAGGUAGUCUUAACUAACAAUCGUUUAUCAAUUCUAAGAACUAGAAUUCUCUUUGGUUU